AUGGAUCUCAUCCGGCGAGCCUCUCGCUUCAUUCCCAAGGGGCCCCCUCAACUCCCCACCGCCGACGAGAAGAAGUCCGACAAGCCCCGGUCGGCUCGUCUAUGGUCACGCCUUGCCUUCUUUCGUAGACCUCUUCGGCUCAAGGGCAAUUCCAGCAUCUCCGUGCCCCUCGGCAUCGUCCUGCUUUUCCCAUGCAUUGUCGUCAUACUCAUUUUAGUCCUGUUCGUCAGGCAUCCCAGCUCCCCCGGCAGGAUCCUCAUGCCCGCCGGGGCACCUCCAGCUAUUCGAAAAAUCAGCGAGGAGCAUGACAAGGUGUUCGUGACGGGGUGCCUGGAACCCGACACGUCGAAACCUCGAGCGAAUGGCGCCUUUGUCGUUCUCGCCCGGAACAAGGAGUUGGACGGUGUCAUCCAGUCCAUCAAGUCCAUCGAGCGCCACUUCAACCGGUGGUACCACUACCCCUACGUGUUCCUGAACGAUGGCGAGUUCAAUCAGACUUUCAAGGAUGUCGUUGCCAACCAUACCUCCGCUCCCGUCGAGUAUGGUGUUGUUGGCCCCGACAUGUGGGGUUACCCCGACUGGAUCGAUCCCAAGGUCGCUAAGGAAGGUAUCGCUAAGCAGGGAGAUGCUGCCGUCAUGUACGGAGGGUUAGAAAGUUACCAUGCCAUGUGCAGAUUCUACUCUGGUUUGAGCAGCUUCUUUUACAAACACCCCAUUCUCGCCAAAUACGAAUGGUACUGGCGUCUGGAGCCGGAAAUCAAGUACUUCUGCGAUAUCACAUACGAUCCGUUCCUGAAGAUGAUUGAGAGCAACAAGACCUACGGCUUCACCAUCGCCGUCAAGGAACUCAAGGAGACCGUCCCGAACAUCUUCCGAUAUGCUUCAGCCUACAAGCGUAUGAACAAUAUGACUUCAAAGGGUCUCUGGGAGAUGUUCGUCGACCCGCUAGAGAAAGAACCGGAAAAGCCCAAGGAGGAUACUUCCAAGGCGCCUCCGCUCCCCGAGGAGAUCUUGCGCUCCGAUCCCAAUCGCAACAGCCUACCCGAGAUUGAAUUGGAGGCCAUGGAGGGCGAGAAGUACAACAUGUGCCAUUUUUGGUCCAAUUUCGAGAUCGCCAGCCUCGAGUUUUUCAGAAGUAAGGAGUAUGAAGAUUUCUUUCAGAUGAUGGAUCGCAGCGGCGGAUUCUGGAUGGAACGCUGGGGUGAUGCUCCCAUCCACUCGCUUGCAGCCGGCGCCCUCCUUGCUCCGCGAGAUAUCCACUAUUUCCGUGACUUCGGUUACCGACACACAACUAUCCAGCAUUGUCCUGCAAACGCCCCUGCAAGACAGCUCCCGCGCGAACCGUUUCUGGAGAAGACAACGUUGGACGAGCGCAAGCGGCUUGAAGAAGAUCAAUACUGGGACCAGUUCGACCCGCCGAAGGAGAAUGGUGUAGGCUGCCGCUGCCGCUGCGAUACCGACAUUGUUGACGUCGAGGGCAAAGAAGGCAGUUGCCUUGCCGAAUGGGUGGAUGUUGCGGGCGGCUGGGCUAGCCCCUAA